CGAAGACCCGGGUGACUGGUCGAACGCUCUAGAACCACAGACAAGAAAAAAUGGAGACAACCAGUUUCACUGCAAAAUACAUUUUGUUGAAUCUACUCAUCUUUACUACAGGAAGUACUCUUAAGCCGAUUCCUUGUUCUAAGUGCAAAGCAAAUAAAGUAAACAUUCAAGCACCGGACCAGAAAAAAAAAGAGGCAAGUUUAAAAAGAUACGAAAAAAGGUUUACGUGUUGAGUGGUUCAAUCUUAACUACAUACAGAGCAACAGGAAAAUGAAGUUUCAGAUAAAUGCUACGAGAGGAGUUUUUCACUUGAUUGGCCAUGUACAUGAUGUCGAUGUUACUGGGAAUGGUUCAAAGACGAUAACUGUCUCAACAUACAGCCCGUCCCUGCUUAAUCUUCAGCUCAAGUACAUCGCCUACGAAAAUACACUAUUUGAUGCAAGUACAGUCGAUCCAGUCAAAAUCCAAUUCAUGGAGUUCACUGCAACCAUGCCGAUACACAUUCAACACGUUCAGCUGCCAUGGUUGUUUGAUGAAGGAACAGGAAAAAUCAAGGACAGAGUGACAGUUGUGCUGAAGACAUUUCUUCGUUACAAUUUACUGAAAAAUGCGAUCCAGUCUGUCAACGAUGUCUAUCCUGGAACAAGAAUAGUUGUUGCUGAUGACACACCUGACCACCUAUUCAACAGUUUUCAAAGCAGUAAUGUCGAUCACUACAAGAUGCCCGCAUACAAGGGAUAUUUUGCCGGCCGAAAUCUUGGAUUAUCCCAGGUGUGGACGGAAUACUUUUUCUACAUGGAUGACGACAUGGUGAUUACAAAAUUCACGAAGAUGGAUUUGCUUGUAUCAUUCCUGGAUAGUACCAAUUUUCAUCUUGUAGGUGUGGGAAUCCAGGAUCGGUUAAGUCCAACAACUUACCUAGCUCUCGGGAAUAAGACACACAGGUGCAUUAUUCAGAAACCAGACCCAGGAUAUUACUAUGAAAUCCGCGGAUUUCCUGGAAUAUACGCUAACGACGCCGUGUUAAAUAUAUUUCUUGCCUCUACCAAUGACGCCAAAGCGGUGGGCUUCGAUCCACAUCCAUUACUCGCUCGAAUUGGACACAAUGCGUUUUUCCUGUCUGCUCUUGGGAGGCUCCGUGUGGCAGCGUGUAGCUUAUGUACAGUCCGCCAUUAUAAGCGAGGACCUGUUGCUGCUAACUACUCAACAUACCGUAGACCCAACAAGAGUUUCAAGGCAAAGCUACAUCACUACAACCUAUAUAUGCAUAACAUUAAUUGUUUAAAAACACAAUGGGUUACAAACAAAACCCAAAAGCAAUAAAUUCUUCACUCGUUAUAAACAGUGUCUGAAAUCAAAAACAUCGAUUAUAUUUAAGCCCUAGAGAUAUUUGGGAUUAAGUAGCUCAGCUUUUUAGAUUUAACACAAAUAAACCCUAUCUAGACCGGGCUUUUUUGAGUAAGAUUUGA